AUUACGAUACCAUCUAGUGUUAGAUCAAUUGGUUGUUUUAGUUUCAAUGGAUGCAGUAGUUUGAGUAGUGUUACAAUACCAUCAAGUGUUAGAUCAAUUGCUGAUGGUUGUUUCUGUGGAUGCAAAAGUCUGGCUGGUAUUACAAUCCCAUCAAGCGUAACAUCAAUUGGUGGUAGUUGUUUCAAUAAAUGCGGCAGUUUGAGCAGUGUUACAAUACCAUCAAGCGUGACAUCAAUCAAUGGUAGUUGUUUUUAUGAAUGCAGUAAUUUGAGUUAUGUUAAUAUACCAUCAAGUGUGAGAUCAAUUGGGAGUCAAUGUUUCCGUUGGUGCGAUAGUUUAAGAAAUGUUACUAUACCAUUAAGUGUGACAUCAGUUGGUGAUAAUUGUUUCCCAUCAAACACUAUAGUUCAUCAAAGCAAAUGA